AUGCCAGCUUCUCCCACGGCCGCGCGCACCGCCACCGACGCCGCAAACGGCGCGAGUCCGCCACCGUCGCCUUCCCCCGAGUCUGCGCUCGCCGCGACCCGCGAGCAACUCAACGCCACCCUCACCUACAUUCGCGUCACGCCCAACGGCCGCAUUGCAGCCGCUGUCGGCUCCGGUGACUCGAGGCCGGAGACCGACCCGGGGUGGGAGGCGCACAAGGAGCAAGCCCGCCAGGCCCGCGAGGGGCAGGAUACCUCCUCCACCCCGGCGCGCUCGCCAGGAGAGGCCACCGCCCCACCCGCACAACUCGAGGCCGAGCCGGCGGCGGUCGCCGAGGGCGGUCCCGGAGCCGGGACCGAGACGGGAGGGGAGGAGGCACGCUCCCCGAGCGGGGCGGCGGCCGAGGCCGGCGGAGCCAACGGGACCGAGCCGGAGGGGCAGGCGGCGGGCGAUGGGGUUGGAGGCGGCGCCGCCGAGCCGCCGCAGCUCGAGCAGGAGCCCCCUGCCCAGGAGGCGGCCGAGAUGCCCGCUGCCGAGAAGACGGCGGUGGAGAUCGACCAGCCUCUCGCGCUGACGCUCACGGUGUGCUGCGGCAAUCUCUCGCUCGAAUCCCGCAACGAACCGCCUUGCGCUCUCCGCAGCGAGGGCGAGUGUGGCCGAUUCGGCUUUCUGCUCCCUGGCGGCAGCAGCGGUCACGCCUUUCACCAUUGCAGGGAGUAUCGUCUCAACCGCCUUGCUCUCAGCUUUUGCGACCGCCCUGGCCGUCUCGGCUGCAGCCGUGGCUGUAGCCUUGGCCGUGUGCAGCUUCUGCUGCAACUGCCGCUCCUGCUCGUCCGCAGCGAUCGCUAG